CGCCGUGAGGCCGGCCGGUCCUCCCGCCCUUUUUUUCCGGCGCUGCCAUGGCCAUGUGCGAGGACGUGUUGUUGUGUAACUUCAGCCGUUGCCGGGCCCGCCUCUCAGGCUUCGCCUGGGUCACCGCCUGCUCGCACGUCUUCUGUGACCAGCACGGCAGUGGCGAGUUCAGCCGCUCGCCUGCCCUCUGCCCUGCCUGCAAGAGCGCGCUGGCUGGCAAACUGGACAUUGUGCGCACCGAGCUCAGUCCGACUGAAGAGUACAAGGCAAUGGUGCUGGCGGGGCUGCGGCCCGAGAUCAUCCUCGAUAUUGCAUCCCGGGCCCUCGCCUUCUGGACCUACCAGAUUCACCAGGAACGCAUGUAUCAGGAGUACGCCUACAGCAAGGCGGAGGGCCGCCUGAGGCAGAUGGAGAAGAUGUACACCCAGCAGAUCCAGGGCAAGGACAUGGAGGUGAGCAACAGCCGCAGUGAGGUCAGCUCCCUGAAGAAGCUGUUGGACGAGUACAAGAAGAAGUACAGUGAGAUGUCGGAGAAGCUGAUGGAGCGGAACCGGCAGUACCAGAGGCUGCAGGGCCUCUACGACAGCCUGCGGCUCCGCAGUAUAGCCAUGGCAGGGGAGGGGGAGCCCACUGCCAUGCCCGGAAUGGCCUACAGCCUGCCCACAGCCUCAAGCGGUCUGAACAAGAUGCUGCCGGCAGACUCCCCGGGUCGGAGGCCCUCAGCUGAAGGCGACUUCCGCCUCCGACCCUCCUUCUUCAGCUCGCCGGCUCCAGAAGGUGCCGGCAGUUUCUUCAGCUUCUCUCCUGGUGACGAGCGGGACCGGGAGCAGCACCAGCCCCCCACCCUCGCUGCAACCAGCAGCUCCUUCAGAAUGAAGAGGAUGUGACAUUAGGGGGGAGUGGGGAUGAGAGGGGAUGAAGUGGGGGGAGGUGGGGAGAUGGGGAUGGGAGGAGAAAGGAAAAUGCAUUCCAUUGCUGGGAGUUCAACAGUAGACCCUACAUCCUGCUUUGUCUUUCCACAAUGUUACCCUGAAUAAAGUAGUCGCUGGGAUUUCUUCAGUCUGUUGUGGGCACUUUAUAACCUGUGUGUUCAACAUGACUGCACCACACCCCAAGCUCACCCAUCAUCCUGGGAGGAGAGCUUUUUUGUGAAGGGGGUUAAACCAAGAGGAUGUGAAGGCAUAAGCUUCGAGGGUUGGGGAAGGCAAGAGAUUUGUGGGAACAGUCGAGGGCUUUGGAGGGGAUCAUGAAGGUUCCCAGGCAGGGCAUCUGGCAUCUUGGUGAAUGGGCUACGUGUAACGCAGUUUAUUACAUUAGGUAUGGCGAUUUACAGCCUAUUACAUAGUUUAUUACAUGGAGAGUGCAGCAAUUUACAGCCUCCUGUGAGAGGUUUAUUGCAUCAAGAGUGGUAAAUUACAGUCUCCUGUAAUUAUUUUAUUGCAGUGAGUGCUAUUUUACAGUCUCCUGUAAGCGGUUUAUUACAGUGAGAGGGGUGAUUACAACUUCAUGUAAGUGAUUUAUUACAGCGAGUGUAGUUGUUAAAACUUCCUGUAAGCAGUUUAUUACAGAGAGGGGUGAAUUACCUCCUGUAAGUGCUUUAUUACAGCGAGUGUGGUGAUUAUGACCUUCUGUAAGUGGUUUAUUACGUUGAGAAGGCAAAUUACAGCUUCCUAUAAGCGAUUUAUUACAGUGAGGGGUGAUUACAGCCUCCUGUAAAUGGUUUAUUAUAUUGAGAAGGGUGAAUUACAACCUCCUGUAAGUGGUUUAUUACAGCGAGUGUGGCAAUUACAGCCUCCUGUAGGCUGUUUAUUACAGCGAGAAUGAUGAUUUACACUUUAUAAUGUGGUUUAUUACAUCGAGAGGUGCAAAUUACAAC